CUCAUCUGCAUCGAUUUCUGCUUUUAAACCUUUCAUGUUUACAUUCUAUUUAGUAGUAGUAAUAAUAUGAAUCAUAGUUUCGUGUAGGAAGAAUUUUUAAUCCAUUGCCCCUUAUGUUAUGGUGUAUAAUCUUUGACUCACUCUGCAAUUCUGGACUGAAAUGGCAAGCAUAACAGCUUCACACUUUGUGUCAAGAAGCUCAAAUGUCCAAACUUCAGUAGACACCAAACCAAACUUGUCACAGAUAGGACUCAGGAACCAUACUGUGACUCACAAUGGGUUGAGGGCUGUUUACAAGCUUGAUAUGCUCCAAUCAAGAAAUGUAACAGCCAAGAUAUCCGGAAAACAGGGAUCCAGAACUGAGACCAAGAGGCCUGGAUCAGGUACCAUUGUUUGUGGAAAGGGAAUGAACUUGAUCUUUGUGGGAACUGAGGUGGGUCCUUGGAGCAAAACUGGUGGACUAGGUGAUGUUCUUGGUGGACUACCACCAGCCCUCGCAGCCCGUGGACAUCGGGUAAUGACAAUAUCCCCCCGUUAUGACCAAUACAAAGAUGCUUGGGAUACUAGCGUGGCGGUUGAGGUCAAAGUUGGAGACAGCAUUGAAAUUGUCCGUUUCUUUCACUGCUAUAAACGUGGGGUUGAUCGUGUGUUUGUUGACCACCCAAUGUUUUUGGAGAAAGUUUGGGGCAAAACUGCUUCAAAAAUCUAUGGCCCCAAAGCUGGACUAGAUUAUUUGGACAAUGAACUUAGGUUCAGCUUGUUGUGUCAAGCAGCCCUAGAGGCACCUAGAGUUCUGAAUUUGAACUGCAGCAAAUACUUCUCAGGACCAUAUGGAGAGGAUGUUUUCUUCAUUGCCAAUGAUUGGCACACAGCUCUCAUUCCCUGCUACUUGAAGUCAAUGUACCAGUCAAGAGGAAUGUAUUUGAAUGCCAAGGUCGCUUUCUGCAUCCAUAACAUUGCCUACCAAGGCCGAUUUGCUUUCUCUGACUUCCCUCUUCUCAAUCUUCCUGAUGAAUUCAGGGGUUCUUUUGAUUUCAUUGAUGGAUAUGAAAAGCCUGUUAAGGGGAGGAAAAUCAACUGGAUGAAGGCUGGGAUAUUAGAAUCACAUAGGGUGGUUACAGUGAGCCCAUACUAUGCCCAAGAACUUGUCUCCGCUGCUGACAAGGGUGUUGAAUUGGAUAAUGUCCUUCGUAAGACUUGCAUAACUGGAAUUGUGAAUGGCAUGGAUACACAAGAGUGGAACCCAGCAACUGACAAAUACACAGAUGUCAAAUAUGAUAUAGCCACUGUCAUGGACGCAAAACCUUUACUGAAGGAGGCUCUUCAAGCAGCAGUUGGCUUGCCUGUUGACAGGAAGAUCCCUUUGAUUGGCUUCAUCGGCAGACUUGAGGAGCAGAAAGGUUCAGAUAUUCUUGUUGCUGCAAUUCACAAGUUCAUCGCAUUGGAUGUUCAAAUAGUAGUCCUUGGAACUGGUAAAAAGAAGUUCGAGAAGGAGAUUGAACAACUCGAAGUGUUGUACCCUAACAAAGCUAAAGGAGUGGCAAAAUUCAAUGUCCCUUUGGCUCACAUGAUCACUGCUGGUGCUGAUUUUAUGUUGGUUCCAAGCAGAUUUGAACCUUGUGGUCUCAUUCAGUUACAUGCUAUGCGAUAUGGAACAGUGCCAAUCUGUGCCUCGACUGGUGGACUUGUUGACACUGUGAAAGAAGGCUAUACUGGAUUCCAUAUGGGAGCCUUCAAUGUUGAAUGCGAUGUUGUUGACCCAGCUGAUGUGCUUAAGAUAGUAACAACAAUUGCUAGAGCUCUUGCAGUCUAUGGCACCCUCGCGUUUGCUGAGAUGAUCAAAAAUUGCAUGUCAGAGGAGCUCUCCUGGAAGGAACCUGCCAAGAAAUGGGAGACAUUGCUAUUGGGCUUAGGAGCUGCUGGCAGUGAACCUGGUGUUGAAGGGGAAGAAAUCGCACCACUUGCCAAGGAAAAUGUAGCCACUCCCUAAAUGAGCUUUAGUCUUAUCCUUGUUUCAACAAUAAGUUCAUUUAGCUAAUGUAUUUAUUAGUGAACUAUGUAGAACCCUAUUAUAUGGGAUCAAUCAUCUACAAAAUGAUUGGUUUUUGCUGGCGAGCAGCAGCAUAUCAGGCUGUUUAAGGUGGUGUGGAUCAAAGUCAAUAGAAAAUAGUUACUACUAA